AGAGAGUUAGCUUUACUCAAUUCAAAAGAUAGUAUUGAUUUGCUCUUGGUACAAACGCAGGGAGGUAGCAGACAGGUUAGAUUCCAACCUCGAUUUGGGAACCUUUUGGCAUGUUCUACAGGAAAUAUUAUUAAUAUAUUUGAUGUGGAGACUAACAGCAUCCAACAACAGUUACAAGGACAUGUCGGAGAUGUCCGUUCUAUCUGUUGGGAUAUGAGCGGGAAUUUUCUGGCAUCCGUGAGCGAGGAUAGUGCACGGAUAUGGUGUGUUAGCGGAAGAAAGUGUUUACAUGAACUGCGCUCCAGUGGCAAUAAGUUCCAGUCAUGUACUUUCCACCCUGACCGCGCUCAAAUCUUGGCGAUUGGUUCUCAUGAGUUACUGGAGCUGUGGAAUCCAAUGUACCAGAGCCACAGAACUUGGCCACACCAAGCACAUGAUGGCAUAAUUUCUUCAUUUGCAAAUUCUCCUCAGACAGGAACCAUAGCCUCAGUGAGUCAUGACCGGUUAAUUAAUCCCAAUCAAAAACCCAGCACUCACAAAUCACAGACACACACAAAAUAUGGAGUUGAAAGAUCGAGUAAAAGAGAAGAAGAAUCAUCAGCAAAAGCAGUACAGGUUGGAACUUUGGCUCCUGGAAUCAACGGUGAUACUUGGUAUACGCUAAGGAGUUGCAUUUUUAAUGUUGGGUUUGUGUCUUGCUGUUAUAUUGGACUUGGCUUUCUCGUCAAGUACUUUUCUUCUUCUUAGCAGAUUGGGAAAGUGAAAGCUACUACAGAUCGUAUUACGAAUGACACUAUUAACAGCUACUUAUCCCGGGGAGAUACUGGUCUGAUUGGUGCAAGUAAUUCACUCGCUGCAUUGAGGAAAAGUAUUGCUGCUUGCAUUGAGUCUGACCGGAAAG